CCAAGUGGCAACGAACCUAAACCCUAAAACUUUUCCCCUUCCCAUCCGACGACACAUUCCUCUCCUCCUCCGCCGCCGCCGCCUCCCAAACCCUCCCCCUAUGGCCGAAGACGCCGCGGCGGCCGCCAUGGCCGCGGCCUCGCUCUCGUCGGACGACCUGGAGCCCGCCACCCGCCGCACCCGCAUCCGAUCCAUCCUGGCCGACGGCGCCGCGCGCGCCGGCGAGCAAGUGGUGGUGGGCGGGUGGGUUAAGACCGGCCGGGAGCAGGGGAAGGGCUCCUUCGCCUUCCUCGAGCUCAACGACGGCUCCUGCGCCUCCAACCUGCAGGUCCUCGUCGACGCUGUCGUCCACCCGCUCGCUCCGCUCACCGCCACGGGCACGUCUGUGCUCGUUGAGGGCGAGCUCAAGAAGCCGCCGGAGGGCACCAAGCAGCGCGUCGAGCUCCGCGUGACCCGCGUCCUCGAGGUCGGCGAGGUCGACCCCGCGGCCUACCCGCUGCCCAAGACCAAGCUCACGCUCGAGAAUCUCAGGGACGUCGUCCACCUCCGCUCCCGCACCAACACGAUUGGUGCUGUUGCUCGGAUUAGGCACCAGCUAGCCUGUGCAACACAUAGGUUUUUUGAUGAGAAUGGAUUUCUUUAUGUGCAUACACCAAUUAUAACUACAAGUGAUUGUGAGGGUGCUGGUGAGAUGUUUCAAGUGACAACUUUGUUCAGCCAUGCUGAAAAGGUGGAGAAGGAAUUGAAAGAGAACCCUGCACCAUCGGAAUCUGAUAUUGAGGCAGCUAGACUCAUUGUCAAGGAGAAAGGAGAUGUGGUUGCACAGCUUAAAUCAGCAAAAGCUAGCAAACAAGAUAUCACAGCUGCUGUUGCGGAGCUUAACAAGGCAAAAGAAAAUGUAUCAAGGCUGGAGGAGAGAUCAAAGUUGAAGCCUGGAAUUCCACACAGAGAUGAUGGGACAGUAGCUUAUGAGAAUGACUUCUUCAAACGCCAGGCUUUUCUGACUGUAUCUGGACAGCUUCAAGUUGAGACCUACGCGUGCGCUCUUAGCAGUGUUUAUACCUUUGGACCAACAUUCCGUGCAGAAAACUCCCAUACAUCACGACAUUUGGCUGAGUUUUGGAUGGUUGAACCAGAAAUUGCAUUUGCUAACUUGCAGGAUGAUAUGAACUGUGCAGAAAGUUAUGUACAGUACCUUUGCAAGUGGCUUCUUGAGCAUUGCCGGGAAGACAUGGAAUUCAUGGUGAAAAAUUAUGAUAAGACUGCAAUUCAGCGCCUUGAGCUUGUUUCCUCAACACCUUUUCAGCGCAUUUCUUAUACAAAAGCUGUGGAGAUAUUGAAAAAUGUCACUGACAAGAAAUUUGAAAACAAGGUUGAAUGGGGAAUUGAUUUAGCUUCAGAACAUGAAAGGUAUUUAACUGAGGUGAUAUUUAAGAAGCCCGUAAUUGUUUAUAACUAUCCGAAAGAAAUAAAGGCGUUUUAUAUGAGACUCAAUGAUGAUCAGAAGACUGUAGCUGCUAUGGAUGUUCUUGUGCCCAAGGUUGGCGAGUUGGUUGGUGGAAGCCAAAGAGAGGAACGUCUAGACCUCCUCAAAACAAGGAUACUGGACGCUGGGUUGCCUCUGGAGCCAUAUGAAUGGUACUUGGACCUCCGUCGCUUUGGAUCUGUCAAGCACAGUGGUUUUGGUUUGGGUUUUGAAAGAAUGAUUCUUUUUGCCACUGGUUUGGAGAACAUCAGAGAUGUCAUCCCCUUCCCCAGAUACCCGGGGAGGGCUGAUCUCUAAAUAAUGAGAAAUAUUCUUCUCGCUGUUCUGUUAGCUCCUCUAUUUCAGGUCUACAAGUGCGCACUGAUGUUUCGUGUCAGCUUGGUUGUAAUAGAUGCUCACCAUGUAUUUAGUUAAUGCCACAACAGGAUAUGAACGACCAAUUUACUCAUUUUGGCGAUAGUAACAUUUUGAAGUUUUGUU